ACAUAAUCCAUCUACUGUUGGAUUUACGCGUCUUUUGUUCUUUGCUCUGUACCACGAUGUCCCGACCGCUCACAUACUUUGAUAUCACUAUUGGUGGCGUCCCUGCUGGACGAAUUGUGUUCGAGCUAUAUGCCGACCUGGUGCCCAAGACGGCAGAGAACUUUCGUGUUCUGUGCAGGGGAGACACCAUGAGCGAGGAUGGUGUCCCGCUCAGGUACGCCGGCUCAGGGUUCCACAGGGUAAUCAAGGGCUUCAUGUGCCAAGGUGGCGACUUUACAGCGCACAACGGCACUGGAGGACUCUCGAUCUACGGCUCCAAGUUCCCUGAUGAAGCCUUCCCUGUGAAGCACAGUGAACCGUUCUUACUUUCGAUGGCCAACUCGGGACCGAACACGAAUGGGUCCCAGUUUUUUAUCACCGUUGCGGCGACGCCGCACCUGGAUGGCAAGCAUGUCGUCUUCGGGAAGGUGAAGUGGGGGAAGAGUAUCGUGAGAAGGAUAGAGACUACGAAGACAGGACCUCAGGAUAAGCCUGAGGACGAAGUGCUGAUUGUGCAAGCAGGGGAGAUUACAGAAUCAGAACUGGCGGAGGGAGUGAUAGAAGCGGAGGACUAUCCCGAAGAUGACGAACGGGCUGAACAGUUCCAGAAUGACCCGGAUCUGGCGCUGGAAAUUGCAGUCAAAAGCAAGGACGUGGGCGCGUCACUGUGGAAGGCGGGAAAGCCUGUAGAUGCACUUCAUUCUUGGCUUAAGGCUGUCCGGUACCUUGACGUUCAUCCCGUGCUUCCAGAUGAUUCUCCACAGACUCUUAGAGAUACUUUUAAAUCGACGCGAAUUGCUGUCCUGCUCAACGUUGCGCUUGCUGGUUCUAAAAUCAAUGCGGAAACUGGUGUUGCGGUUGCGACGCGUGUCUUGGGUAUCGAGGGUCUGUCUGACCUUGACAGAGCCAAAGCUCUCUACAGACGUGGGGUUUCGUACAUCGUGCUAGGAAAAGAGAGGGAGGCGGAAAAGGAUCUCGUUGCUGCCGGUAGUGACAGUCUUGUGGUCCAGGAGCUUACCCGUCUUCGAGUGCGAAGGAAAGAGAAGAGCGAUAGAGAGAAGAAGGCUUUGCGAAGGAUGUUUGCAGAGAACGAAAAAAGUUAGAAGUUACAAACGUAGAAAAAUAGCCAAAAUAUUGGAAUUGUAGAAGCUCGGCGGUGCCUGCAUUCUUUUUCAGCUGGCACAAGUAAAUUAUGG